AUGACCGAGACCAGCCCUGGAUAUCAUGACGCAGAGGAUACAAAUGGACUAUCAAGUGGAGUUAUCGAAGAACCUAUCACGUCAUUUAAUCACGAUGAGAUCUCACCGGCAGAAUCAGGUGUCUUUCCCGAUAUCAAUAUGGACUUUCUUCAAGAUCUCGACAUAGACGGUCCUGAAUAUCAGUUCAUGUUCCAAACACCCGAUAACAAUGCUCCAUCAAUUGCGGCUGAACCAGCAGAUGGCUCAUACAGCAAGAUAUACCCGCUCUUGGAUGGACACGAGAACUUGCAUCCAGAAACGCUUGGUUUGAGUGGAGACAUGGAUCCUUAUCUGCUCCAGCGAUAUCAAUCGGAUGAGCAUGGUACCUUCAAGUUCAAACAGCUCGCUAUACGAUCAGUGAACAACAACCCGCCUGUUCAGUUUCUCAUUUCACAGCCAUCGCUUUUUGCUCAAAGUCGAAGAGAAGCAGGACACUCUGGCACGCCAAUAACGGCACAAAGAGCGGAGCUUGAGAAGGCUGUCUCUCAGAAUAUGGGCAAAAGAUUAAUAAGCCUCUACACAAGGUUCAUUGCACCUCACUAUCCCAUAUUCCCAAGUGACUCCCCUCCGGAUCCGGUAACCACUGCACCUUGUCUGCUGGCAGCUAUCUACUCAAUCGCCCUCCCAUUCGCCAUGUACGACGAUCAACUCUGCAUCGAUAUGGCCUACGACUCACCUGAUGCAGAAGACCUGGCUCAUCUUAUCAAUACUGCAGUUGCUUUCGACAUCCACUCGCCAAACAUUGCCACCGUUCAAACUCUAUUCCUGCUCGUUGCCCGACCAUCUUCAAAUCCACUCGUGUCAGACGCUUCGUAUCGCUGGACAACGGUGGGGACGCUAGUAUCAGCAGCUACAAACAUCGGGUUUCAUCUCGAUCCCUCUAUUUGGAAUAUCCCGUCGGCUCAAAUAGCUGCGAGACGCAGGCUGUCGUUUUUUACCUAUGCUCUUGAUAAGUGGCUAGCAGCCGCUUUGGGCAGGCCACCUCAUAUCAAUCGCGCAAACUGGCUUGUUGAUGAGCUCUCAGCUCAGGACGAGCAUGCUUCUGGGCUUGAUCCAACGCAAUGGGCAGCUGUCAUGGCGUUUUCAGCACUCACAUCCUCCCUAGCCUCCACUCUUGACCGCCUUUACCUCAGUCAGAGGCCCGAAGAAAUGAGAUCGACCGUGUUUGAGCUCUGCCAAUCUUUGGACCUCACAACCCCCGACGGGACAAGGUUAAUAGAUCCCAACAAUGACAGGUCGAUGCCUGGAAUAGCCAUCAAGCUUGGCUAUUAUUACACACAACUACUAAUUCUGCGCGCUGCCGUGCACGCCCAAAGUUCUCACCUCCCAACAGCAGACACUACAGAUCAAUGGUCGCCACGAGAAAGCCUCAAAUUAGUUCUCGAACAAUUUUCUGAGUUCAUCAAAAAUCUCAAGAGCGACGAGACAGCAGAACACUGGCCUCCUUGGUGCCAAAGUACAUUCUCAUCACUUUGCUUCGCCAUGUUAUUCAUGUUUGUCUCGUCGACUACCUACGAAGAAGCACAUUCGUACAUGAAGCUACUUCAGGCAACACGGAAGCAAAUGCGUCUCAAAGCCAAUGCCUUCGUAGUCAUCCGACUGGGUCUACUGAGAAUGGAUGCUAUCUUCUGGCGAGGUGUCGAUCAAGUUCUCCAAUUGGAACCACAUGUGAAACUUGCAUUGGAAGCAUCAAAGCAGGGAACUUGA